AUGUGUAUAACAUUAUCUCUUUCAUCUAAACCUUGCAUCGGAGUCUGCAAUGGAAGCUUACAGUCGCCGAAAUCCAUGGUCACAACGGCACGAACUGAAGUGAUCACUGCUCCAAAGAGACCAAACACCUUCCCCGGAUUGACAAAGCAAGGCAUUUCUGACAUCGAUUUACGAGUCCAAGAAGUUGUCCGAAGGCAAUCUUGGACUAACAGCUUAGUUGGCGAAGUCAACUGUAGAAAACCGCGGUUCGAACCUAUGUUCAUCGAUGACGCUUAUGACAAGUGUAGGAACAUUUGUGCGGAAUAUGCAAAGACUUUCUAUCUAGGCACCUUGUUGAUGACAAAGGAGCGACAGAAGGCCAUAUGGGCAAUUUAUGUUUGGUGCAGGAGGACUGAUGAACUGGUCGACGGCCUGAAUGCGGAGUACAUGAGUCCGGCAGUACUCGAAAGGUGGGAAGAGAGACUGCAAGACAUCUUCGAGGGACGCCCCUAUGACAUGCUCGAUGCUGCACUAUCCGACACUGUUUGCAACUUUCCCUUGGACACUAAGCCUUUCAGGGACAUGAUUGAGGGCAUGAGAAUGGAUACAAGAAAAUCUCGGUAUGAGAGUUUCCAAGAGCUUUACCUUUACUGCUAUUAUGUAGCAGGCACUGUUGGCUUAAUGAGUGUUCCAGUAAUGGGAAUCGCACCAGAAUCCUCUGCUUCGGCUUAUACUAUAUAUAACGCAGCACUCUACUUGGGCAUUGGAAAUCAGUUAACAAACAUUCUUCGAGAUGUAGGGGAAGAUGCUUUGAGGGGAAGAGUUUAUCUUCCACAAGAUGAGCUUGCACAGUUCGGGUUAACCGACAAGGAUGUCUUCUCCAGAAAGGUAACCGAUGCCUGGAGAGAUUUCAUGAAAGAGCAAAUUAUUAGGGCAAGAUCCUUUUUCAAUCUAGCUGAGGAAGGAGCUUCCCAACUUGACAAGGACAGCCGCUGGCCGGUUUGGUCGUCCUUGAUGUUGUAUCGCAAGAUUUUGGAUGCAAUUGAGGAUAACGAUUAUGAUAACUUGACCAAACGAGCCUAUGUUGGAAGGACUAAGAAACUUCUCACAUUACCCUUAGCAUACACUAGAGCUUUGUCCAAACCUAGUUUGUACCUUCGUUAGAAAAUAAAAAAGUUUUUUUUUUUUGGUGGAUAUAUUAGAUAUCGUUAAAUAUGAUAUUAAAGAAAAUAAAUAUGAUAUAAAAAAGAGAGAACUAAUUGAAACUUAAUUGUAACCUAUAAUGAUUUAAAACAGGAAAUAAUAUGUUUUAUUUACUUGUUAAAUAAAUUGGGAGGCGAAUAGAGUUUCUUUGUAAACUUAAACUAUUAUCCCUAUAAUAUAAUGCAUUUAUCAUUGGACCA